GCAGUUCUUCCAUAAUUUUAAAACAAAAGGCGGGGUUUACAGAAAUUCCAAUAUAGGUAGCUAAAAAAAUGUCCGCCUCGCCAUCAAAAUCAACGUGUCUAAAGGUUUAAAACAAUCAUUGCAAAUAUUCAAAAAGGGGUCCGUUAUAAAAGAAACACCCUUCAAGUAUACAUAAAUACAGGACAUGAUUUGUGUGCUUAUCUUAACUUUAUUGUUGGUUUAUAUUCUGUAUCGAGUUCAGAAAAAUGUUCAUUUACCUCCUGGACCUCUAAACCUGCCAGUUGUGGGUUCCCUAUUAUACUUGGAUCCAAAACAACCUCAUCUUACAUUAACUAAAUGGGCCAAGAAAUAUGGACCUGUUUUUGGAAUGAAUUUAGGAAGUGUAUAUACUGUAGUUUUGACGGACCCCAAAACAAUCAAAUCAGUCUUCUCGAAGGAUGUUACCACUUGCAGAGCUCCACUAUAUGUUACUCAUGGGAUUAUGAAAGGAUAUGGUAUUGUUUGCUCGGAAGGAGAUUUGUGGAAAGAUCAAAGAAAAUUUAUUUAUAAUUCAUUAAGGCAAUUUGGUGCAGCAAAAAUUAGCGAAAACAAAGAAAAAAUGGAAGAACUUAUCAUGGAAAAUGUUUUGGAUUUUAUAAAUCAUAUAAAAGAAAUGGGUUUGGAAGUUUAUAUAGAGCCAUUGGAACCACUUCGCCAUAACAUAGGCUCAAUAAUGAAUCAAAUUGUAUUUGGCCAUUCGUGGAGUAGAGAGGAUGAAACUUGGAACUGGCUGCAAAACUUACAAGAAGAAGGUAUAAAACUUAUAGGAGUAGCAGGACCUCUUAACUUUUUACCAUUCUUAAGGUAUAUACCGAUGUUUAAAAGGACCAUGGACUUUUUAAUAUCUGGUAAACUUAAAACUCAUAAAUUGUACCAAGACCUCAUAAAGAAACAAUGUGAAAAUAUAAUAAGUGAAGAUUAUAAUAAUUUGAUACAAGCGUUUAUAAUUGAGAAAGAAAAAAGAAAAGACACUAAAGAUAUCGAGAAAUUUUAUAAUGAUCAGCAAUUUUAUCACUUGUUGGCAGAUAUAUUUGGAGCAGGCUUAGAUACAACGUUAACUACCUUAAGAUGGUAUUUAUUAUUUAUGGCCACAAACCCUCAACAUCAGGAUAUACUACGUCAACAAAUAGAAGAGGAGGUAGGAAAUCGACUAGUAAAAUUAUCCGACAUCCAUUCUUUACCAUGGUUGGAAGCUUCAAUCGCUGAAACCCAAAGAAUAAGAUCAGUUGUUCCAUUAGGAAUACCUCAUGGUACACAAGAAGAAUUCAAAAUUGGAAAAUAUAAAAUUCCAAAACAAACCAUGAUAGUUCCUUUGCAAUGGGCAGUUCAUAUGAAUGAAGAAGUGUACGAAAAUCCAAAUGAAUUCAAUCCCAAAAGGUUUCUCAGCAAACAAGGACAAUUUAUUAAAAAUCCUAAUUUUAUUCCAUUUCAAACUGGAAAAAGAAUGUGUAUUGGUGAUGAAUUUGCUAGAAUGAUUCUAUAUUUAUUUGGGAGUAAUAUUAUACAGAAUUUUCGAUUAACAGUCAAAGAUAAAGAAUCAGUAGAUUUAACCGGAGAAUGUGGAAUAACAUUAAACCCAAAACAUCAGAAAAUAUUAUUUCAAAAAUUAUUUUAAUAUAAAUUAAAAGUAUAAUUUCAUUUAUUGUAAUGAAACUACCU